UGGAACCAAGAAAAAACGUCUUCUCUCAGUUCGUAACGAACCCCACCUCACCUCACCCCACCUCCUCUUCAGAGAGGAAGAAAAGAGCCGCCUCCUCCGCUCUCAUUCUCAUUUCAAAAUUCUUUUUUCAUGAACGCACUUUUUGGAGUUGCCAUGGUACAUAUUCUUGUCGGAUUCUUUGUCUUCAUAACAGGACUUGGAUUAUUGAGAGGAGGAGAGUCUCUAGGGAUCAAUUAUGGGCAAGUAGCCAACAAUUUGCCACCGCCAGAUAAAGUGCUUGAUCUAUUGCAGGCCCUGAAGUUAACAAAAGCAAGAAUUUACGACUCGAAUCCGGAGGUGCUGUCGGCAUUUGCAAACUCUAACAUUGAGCUAAUCGUGACAGUUGAAAAUGAAAUGCUAGCAAGUUUAACGGAUCCUCAGCAAGCCCUUCAAUGGGUUAGCACUCGUAUAAGGCCAUAUUUCCCGGCUACGAGAAUCACAGGCAUUGCAGUUGGAAACGAAGUAUUUACAGGAGAGGACAACACGUUGGUGGCUAGUUUAGUACCUGCCAUGGUCAGCAUUCAUGCGGCUCUGGUGCGUUUAAGACUAGAUCAAUACGUCCAAGUUUCAACACCUAAUUCUCUAGCAGUUCUAGCACAAUCAUAUCCGCCUUCAGCAGGGUGUUUUAGUAGUGAGCUCAAUGGAAUCAUGCCGCAACUUUUGCAGUUUUUGCAGAGUACAAACGCACCUUUUUGGAUCAAUGCUUACCCAUAUUUCGCUUACAAGGACGAUCCAAACAGAAUUCCUCUAGACUAUGUGCUAUUUAACCCUAAUUCGGGGAUGAUAGAUCCUUACACGAAGCUGCACUAUGACAACAUGUUGUAUGCUCAAGUUGAUGCUGUUAUAUUUGCCAUUGCGAGGUUGGGGUUUUCGGGGUUAGAAGUUAGGGUGUCCGAAACGGGGUGGCCAUCCAAGGGUGACACUGAUGAAAUCGGUGCAACUUUGGAAAAUGCAGCCAGUUACAAUAGAAAUUUAAUGAGAAGGCAGUUUGAAAAUGAAGGGACUCCCUUGAGGCCUAACAUGCGACUAGAAAUCUAUGUGUUUGCUUUGUUCAAUGAGGACAUGAAGCCUGGACCUACUUCAGAAAGAAAUUACGGCCUCUUUCAACCUGAUGGAACUAUGGCAUACAAUGUUGGUCUCCUUGCCCUGUCAAGUGCGUCGUCCGCCUCCUCCACAGCAUCCUCCUCGGCAUCUGUUUCCCUGACUUCCUCUGCUCCAAAGGUAAAACUAGUGGGUUAUCAAAGUUUUCUGUACUCGACAGUCUUGUAUUUGCUGGCCCUCCAAAUUCUGCUGAGACGGCAAUCUUAAGGGGAUGGGAAAACAAAGUGAUGUAAAUAUCACCUUUAUGGGGUGAGCAUGUGCUUUCAGCAAUUUGUGACUUGAUCAAAUGGAGAAAAGAAUUCCUUGGAGCCAUCAGGAACCAAAAAAUUCAUGUGCGUAUAACGCAAAAAGCCGAAGGUCAUCCUAUCUUUAAUUUUUCGGCCAACAAAGACUUUCAAACAUGACGAAGGAUGCGUCAGAUGUGCGUCGCCCCAAACAUGAAGGGGGGCCAUUUUGCAAUCAGGCAAAUCAGCUGUAAUAGAUCCACAAGCCAUUUAACACAUGGACAUGAUCUCAGAAAAACAAUGGAAGCCCAUUUUCUGGAUCGUAAUCCAGGUGAAAGGCUAAUUAAUUUGCUCCAGUUGCAUAAGCAGUUGAUUUAUUGAAGCAUUCUCCUACUAUAUUUCUUUACUUUAUUUGUGAUAAUAGGAUAUAAUUGCAUAUAUGUGUAUCUUUCUGGUGCUUUUAAGUAAAUAUUCUUUGAAUAUUGGGGACAAUCCUUGUGAGGUUUCUUUCAGCCUCUUGUUGGGAAUAAAGGGCUCUACUUUUGGACGUGGAUUCCAUAACUGCUGCUGCGUAGAAAUAUAAUCGUCAACCCCUGCUUUUAUCCUCAUGUGGUUC